AUGUCUACAGAUGGCAGCGCUCACGACGUUACGGACAAGAAGCUCGACCCGUCGGCGGUCGACGCUGUCGAAAAGGACGGCUCAGACCUGCAACCUCGCGAUGAGGAUGGGGUGCUCCUGUCAGACGAGGAAAGGCGCGCCGCUGAGGUCCGGAUCAAGAGGGCGCUGGAUAUGCGCCUGAUGCCGACCAUGAUCGUCAUAUUCAUCCUCAACUACAUCGAUCGGAUCGGCAUCACUUCCGCCCGCUUGAAAGGCCUCGAGCAAGACCUGCACUUGACAGACUUGCAAUAUGAAACGGUGAUCGCUAUCUUUUGCGCCUCCUACUGCCCUGCACAGAUACCGUCCAAUAUGCUCACGCAAAACUUCACGGGCAUAGCCCUGGUCCGUGUAGCGAUAGGUUUUCCAGAGGAGCUGUCGUUCCGGUCCGCGAUUCUGUACGGAGGACUCCUCAUAUCGAACGCAUUCGGUAGUGGCGCGGUGACCGUUUCUCAAGUGCGGCUCGCGGAGGACGCAGGCGAGGCUGACGAAGAUUCCGCGGACGAAUCGAUAUGGCAUGGACUGAAGCUCGCAUUGAAAGACCCCAAGGUCCCAUUGUUCGCACUCAUGUCGUGCUCGCAGCUGGUUGGACUUAGUUUCAUCAAUUUCUUCCCGACCCCGCCCUGGAUAUGGGCCACCAUCAUAUGUUGUGUCACUGCAUGGAGCGCCGAUAAAUCUGGGGAGCGAUUUGUGCACGUAUCGGGGUGGUGGUGGGGCGUCAUCAUCGGGUACAUCAUCGCUUUGAGCACCAUGUCAGUUGGUGGUCGGUAUGUUUCGUUGUUUCUCAUGGCCAGUGGCUACACCGGCUUUGCUUUGACAUUGGUUUGGGUCUCCAAUGCUAUUCCCCGGCCCCCUGCGAAACGGUCGAUAGCAAUGGGUAUUGUGAACGGAUUCGGGAACAUCGGGAACCUCAUCGGUUCCUUCGUUUGGAAAGCAGAAUGGAGCCCAGAGUAUCAUCAGUCAAUGAUUAUCGGUAUAUGCUCCCUGGCUCUGGCUUGUUCCCUGGCUUUCGUCAUUCGAUGCAUCUUGAUACGGGAGAACAGAGAGCUAGCAGAGACCGAGAUCAAGAAGAUAAGCCCUGCCGAACGUGAACGCGUCGAGGAAGCAGCGAGGUUAGAGGGUAUCACGUUUGACGAAGCGAUGAAGCGGAAGCAAGGUUUCCGGUACUUGUAUUAG